CUUAGGGCGACGUGCGGUGACUCAGUGUGAAUUAUUUUACGUUGGAGAAGAAGACAAAGAAUUGCAACAAAUUCGAGCGACACUUGAAAUAUUGUCUUAUAACGUGAAUGUUUCAGAGAAGUUUUGGAAUUAUUUAUUUCACUUGUGAAGGAUGUCCCAUUCAUGAAUCGCAGGUGUUACAUGUACAGGUGAGCUUUCAGCAUUUUUUGUAGCUGGACAUUCAGCAAUAGACUAACCACCAGACCGUAACGAUGAAUUCCAUACUCCUUCAUUUGUGUCUUUUGCUGGUCAGCUUUGUCAACCGUGCAUCGGCUAUUUUGGUAGCAUGUCCUGAACUCGAAGAAUGUAAUUGCAACGAAACCUCUAUUCAUUGUCACAGUAGUUCACCACUGGAGACGACAAGACUCGACCAGACUUUUUUCAGUGAAUUGCCAGACUUUAUUCAGGAUACCACGACCCACUUGACGGUGUCCGGAGGCAACAUAACAGAAUUAUUUAAAAAUUCGUUCGGAAAAUGUGCUGGUGAUUCCUCUAAAAGCCACCCUUUGUUAAAAAGUAUUGUUCUAAGACACAACAAUAUCCAAAAAAUUCAUGGCCAGGCGUUCCACUGUGUUCCAAAUGUACAAUACUUGGACCUGUCUCAAAAUAACUGGACCGUAAGUAACUUGAACCAUACCGCUAUCUUCUCUGGUAUUCCAAAUCUCAAGACACUUAUGUUGACAGAUUCAAUGAAGGACCACUAUUCUGGCAAACGUCAUAUGAGACGCCUUUCUGCCGUUUUUAAUAACUCACAUUUAUCCGCCUUAGAGGAGAUUUACCUGGGGAAAAACGAUUUGUGGACAUUUACGUCAGACGCGACAUCAACGUUGUGUCAGGUCACAAAGAGUCUUCGAAUUUUAGACUUGCACUCUAACAAUUUGGGAACAUUGGUGUUCGAUCCUUGUUUCGGAAACUUGACGAAACUGCAGCUUAUCAAUCUAAGAGACAAUAGCUUCAUCAAAGUGUCAUUGAACUCGAUUCGUAUGUUCGACCAACUUUACAAAAACAAUAACAGAUUUACCGUCGAUUUUCGCGGGAAUCAGUGGGAUUGUGAUUGUCAUUUGGUGGAAUUUACCAAAUGGCUCAGGAAUACUGAUGUUAAUAUCAGGGGCAAGCAAAACAUGACUUGCCACGAUGGGCAGAACCUUGGGAAAAACUUGUGGGAUAUUCCGAACAGUGACUUGGUGUGCGUUGCGAUGGCGUCUGCGCAGGUGGCCAACCCAGGUGUCAUCGUUGUCGGCAUUCUUCUUGCCAUCAUUGGCUGUGUUGUCGUGGGUAUUGCCAUAAUGAAACGUGAUGCAAUCAAGUCGGCAUAUUUGGGGCUUAAAAAAUCUUAUUUCGCAAAAGAUGUGCAAUUCAGUUACGCUUCAGUGAACAAUAGUAACGUCGAUGUUUGAGAAAACGACGUUAUUUUAGUUGAAAUCAUUGCAAAAUUCAAAAAUCUCGCUUCACAAUUAAUAGAUGGAUAAACUGCAUGCUUUUUUUAAGCGAAACAUUCCGGUCGUUGCAGUUCCCAGAAGUGGAUACGCGAUAGAAGCGUCAAAUGGAAACGCACGUCAUUGUCCGUGACGUAAUUUACAGAUAUAGCAGGAUAGUGCUUUUGGUAGCAACAUGUUACGUUUUCGUAGCGGGAAUGAUGUGAAUAUAUUGUGAAUUAAGCCAAGAUACUUGCAGUAUUACGUGCCCAACGGAACAUGUUUUUAUUGGAAUAUGAUCAUACUUAAUGCAGUGUUUUGAGUGGUGCUACAAUGUGUUUUCAGCAUAUUAUUAUGCAAAAGUUUAUAGUUACGUAUAUUUUGAUACACAUUUUUAUAUCACGUGAUUUGUACAUCCGGCAUCAAGUCGGAAAAGAAAAAUACUUGUAUAAUCUGUAAACGUGAGAGUCGUGGUUAAAAGUCGCGUUUAAGGAUUUUGUGAUAGAUUUAUGGGCUCGAUAAUAGAUUAGUUGGCUUUAUAUGUCGAGAGAACCGAGAGAUUAAAUCGGUGUUGUAGACGUUGCGUGUCGGUGGUUUCACACAAAUCCUUGAUAUAUUAUUUAAUAUAAUCAGCUUAUAUCUCGACAAAUAUCAGUUUUGUAUUUUAUAUGUUGUGUUGGGGAAAUGGCAUGCUAGACCUAUAGAGUACAGGUUCUGAAAGUCUUCUUAUAAUCAAAUGUCGCUAAGAUAGGAUCGGUCUAAUAUUGAAAAAGUAAGAUCAUAUCUUUAUUCCUUUUCCUCAAGUUUAUCGUUCAAUUGUUUGGAGUUUUCAGUGAAAUGAAAAUAGUUACCUGAAUGCUGGGGAGACAUUCCCUGUGUAUGUAUGUAUUUGUAUAUAAAAUGCAGGUAGUGUUUAUUUGGUAUAUAGGUGCAUUUAAGUAGGUCGUGUUAUUUUUCAUUCCUGCUGGUGGUGACUAGACCACCAGGUGUGGGUGGGCUAUAGUGCUGUGCGAAAUUUAAAACUCUUCGUACACUCUACGUACCGUACUAUCUUUAAAUCUGUCGGAAACCCGCUAUCACACAGAUCAAUACACUGUCUCCUGCUAAAGAGCCAUUCCCGUGUUAAACAGAUAUCUGAGCCAAGCCCUGUUAAUCUGUCGGACCAACUCUGACGAUCUACUAAAAAAAUGAAGGCGGUCUUUAAAAGCAUACAUGUUAAGUUUGAAGGUUCAGCUAUUGUUUUAAUGUUAUUACAUACUGCAACAGAAUGUACAAAUGUUUACAAGGUUGUUCAGUUAAUGUCCCGGAAUUAAAGUAAUUUGCUGAUGCAUAGGAUAGGAAUGUGGAAAUUAUGUAUACCUACUAUAAAUGGUUGAAACUAGUGCUGCAAGCAAGCGAUGUUGAUUUGGUUUGGGCAAUCCAAAAUUGUGAACUAUUAUAAUUAAACAUCACACUAUUGCAUGCUGUGUAAUAUCAGUUUGAUUUUGAAUCGGAUAACCAAGUCCCGUUUAUACUGCGCCCUUGAACACAGACUAUUAUUUUUCGCGGCAUGGUGUUUAUACGUGUAAAAUAUGGCAUUCACUGUGAUAUUAAUGCCAUAUCAUCAUCAGACCGCUAACGACAAAAGUCACACACACUGGUCACAGUUUUUUCCCGAUAGAUAUGGCUGUUGUACGUUUGUAUACCAGCCCAUCGUGUAGGAAAAUGAAUUACCACCAUUAUCUGUGACGAUAACUAUAUAAACAGGGAGUUUACAUAGAUUUACAGCCUCAUAUUCCGUAUGUAUGUUAUAUAAUUUUGAUACGACAGACCAUGGCAUGUAUACCUGUUUAGAAUAUAUGUCAAGACCUUUUAAUAGACCUUUUUUCAGAAGGACACUUUACAAAAGAAUAUGUAUAAAAUGGGUCGGAUCGCAUGCAUGGAUUCUAUACAAUUGUGACUUGUCUAUGUGGUUUGGUAUAUAACGUAUCAUUUCAGUGUCGGAUUUAAACGGUACUCGGGCAACUUCAAAUUCUACAGCGAAAUUAACAAUUCUGUUGUAAAAAGACGUUUUCUCGAAAUUACACGAUAUCACCGAACCCCUCGUCCAACAUGCUAUCUAUUAUAGAGCUCAGCUGUGACCUGUCUACAGCUAGCUACAGUGACAAUGAAAUAUUACACCAAAGUAUUAUAUUUUACACAAUAAUUGGCCCGCAGCCCGAUACGAAAAUAGUAUGUUACAUUUUAUAUAUUGUGACAUUUCAAAGUGGGUUAUACCAUCUAAAUCCAUGAUUCUACCAACAUGUCGCUGGUGAAGUAUUUUGUGAAGGACGGGAUCCCUGAAGUUAUUUAUAUAUAGAUAUGUAUACCUACUUGAAAUACUUAAACAUACGUGACCUAUUCAGAAUGAUCUGCCAUAUGUCGAAUAACCCUACAACAAUAGCCAGGUGAGAGACCGGACGUGUUUGUUUAGUGAAGUACUUUAUGGGGGUUGGAUUAUUUGUACAUAAAUGAGAUAAGUUCCAUACCUAUAAUAUUAUAUACCCAUAAUGAUCUAAUAAUUAAACAAACGUGUUCGUAUUUUUGUUUGAUCAUGGAUUGUGAUUUAAAGAUAAGUACGACGUAAUUCUGUAGACUAUCCGAUAACAAUGUGGUCAGAUUGUGUCGAACUAUUGCCGUCUGACUGUCCUCGGCGCCAGGUGAAAUCGGACAGUUGCGGAUUAUUUAACAAUGCGAUUUUCUCCUGAUGCCGAGGAUGCAGUCUGACAUGUACCGUGGUGUAAAAACGGUGAAAUUUGAACUAGACAAAGAAGAAAAUGAAAUGAAUUUCUUUUUCGGUACGGUAAUCCAAGUCAAAUUGGUGCUACAUUAAUGUGUCUGAUCGUUCAAGAGACUCGAGUGGGACUAUAACAAGACCAAAGAUGAGCUUGUUCAGAUGCAUCGCAGAGCUUUUGUGACUAGCACGGUGGUGCGCUGAACAUAAUUUCCCUCUUGCUCAUGGCUGUGGAUUAUGAGGACAGCCUAUACCUAUAAGUUAGUUAUGGAUUAAUUUCAACGAUUAACCUUUACUCUAAAAGGGUCUUAGCACAAAUCCAAAUCCCAUGAAACCAUGGAAAACCGGACCAUGGGGUUGUAGAUCGGCGCAAAGUGCCUGUGAUAGUAAUCAAGAAUAUAUUCUUAAGUCAAUGACCAAUGGGACAUUCUGGACUGACUAUGGGCACCAACAUCACUUUUCAUAUUAUGACACCGGUUGUUAUGACGGGUCGGGAAAGAUUUCCGGCAAUCAUCGGGAAUGAAAUCCGAAAGUUGCCGGAAAGUUGUCGAUAUCAUUACGAAUGAAAUAUAUUUAAUAAAAAAAUGGUUAUGAUUUUUGAGACAAUGAUGUUUUGUAUAUAAGUGUAUAUUGCAACGUACAUGAGUUGUUAUUUUUCUCUUUUUAGAUAGAUUUGAUUUUUUUGUGACCUGCCCGUUUUUGUUUAUUGAAAUCGGUAUUUACCAAAAUUAUUCUUCCCUUUACACAUAUUCUUCAUUCCAUGGUUGUGUACCUGAGGAUCUUAUUGUUUUUUCACGUAUAUUAUAUUACAUUUAUUUUUUAUUAUUUGUGCCAUUUUGGGGUGAUAUCUCGUUCAGUUAUUUCCUUUAUAUAAACAGGGUCAAACCUGUCUGUAUAUAUACCUCUUCUUUGGUUUCCUAUGGGAUUCAUUUUAUAGUAACUGAACAUCUAUAUAAAGGCUACUUGUGUAUAAAGGUCAGUUUCAUCUGCUCACUUAAGUAGCCUUUAUAGAGAGGUUUGACUGUACAUGUAUAUAUGCAUUUUUGUAUGUUAGCAUUAUGAUUUCGUUAUUGCUUCCAGAAUUUGUCACGUUUCAUAGAGAUUGUAAAGAAAACGGUUGAUAUUCGUUGAGAUAUGUUUAUAUAGCGUUAUAUCGAACUUCAUUAUAACGAGUUUGUUAAAUUUAAUAAAGGCUUGGCUUCUUAAUAAACGUUAGUGAUAUAUAAACAAGAAACUAGUGACAAUCUAUUGAAGUUUUACAGUGAAACGUAUCAGUGCAACUGUAUUACCAUUUCCCAAUCACUGUAUUAAAACUCUGUCAUGCAUUUUCA